UCCUUUUGGCUUGUUUCCGGUUUAUUACGUUUAGUCACGUGAUUCAGCCGAGUCACGGGAUGCGACCGCCAUAUUGGUCCACCCACAUUCCUUUUUAGAAAGCAAAGAAACGACAAAAAAGGUAACAGGUUUUCGAGUUCCGUCUCCAUAAAAGGCCAUCCUACAACUGGCAUAAUGCAGAGCGAAGAAUCCACAACAACAACAGAAGAACUGGAGAACAUGCAUUACGGAGCUCAGGCACAAGGUAGCGGAGUUCUUGAUCCAACCACGAUAGAAGAAGGAGCAUUCGAAGCGGCGAUGGCUGGCGAACACCACGAUGGGCACGGAAUGAAACGACAGGCAGACAGCGACGACGAUGGCGACGCUGAAAAUAGCAUGCUAGUGGAAGAAAGACCCAAGAAAAAGACUAGAGGACGGGUGAAAAUCGAAAUGAAGUUUAUCUCGAACAAACUGAGAAGAUACACGACGUUUAGUAAAAGGAAAACUGGAAUAAUGAAAAAGGCUUACGAGCUGAGCACGCUAACCGGAACCCAGGUGAUGUUGUUGGUCGCUUCAGAAACUGGGCAUGUUUACACGUUCGCCACUAGAAAGCUACAGCCGAUGAUAACUUCGGAGAGUGGGAAAGCUCUCAUUCAAACUUGCUUGAAUUCGCCCGAUCCUCCAGUUUCUCAGAUUCCAAAUCCGGACCAGAGAAUGUCUGCUACGGGAUACGAAGAAACAGAUUUGACUUACACGGUCAACGAAAACGACGCUGACAAAAUGCAGGAUCGGGGUGGUAUUUUUACCUCACAGCAAAUAGACACUAAUCAAGGUUUGACAGUGGGUGCAUUAUCAGGCACCAGUGGACCUAUGACUGGCAUAACAGCCUUGCCUGCAACAGGCCAUUCCUUCCCCAUCACCACAUACAUUCCGCCAUCAAACAUUCAACAGCAAGGGGGGAACAAGAAUGCUUCUGUUCAAUCAUCAUACUCUGUUCAGGCCAUGCCGGGGGGAGCCUUUACCACUAUCUUUGCACCGGGGACAUCGGUUCAGCUGGGACAGACACUUGCCCAAGGACAGCAACAGGGUUCUGUACAGGUAAGAAAGACGAUUUCAUUUGUUCAUCUCUACUUCAAAUGAUAGGGGUAAAAUUUCUCUAUUGUCUGGAGUUAAAAAUUUAAAAUAAAUCCUAGCAGCAGUUUUAGAUGCUGGAUGCUUGGGACUAAUUACUUGUGCUAUACUUUUGGAUGUAAUACAUUACACUUGUUAUGCACAGCUAUUUAGUCUCCCUCAACAGUCAAACCCUUCUCAUUUUGGCAAGUUUUUGUUUUUGAGAGUUGCUCAGAUCUUAGAACUUAUUUCAGAAAUAAAGAAUUUAAUUUCUUCCAGUUCAGUCUAGAUUUUUGAAUAUUUCAGACUUACAAGAACUUGUUUAUAUUUUGUCUUAUAAUUGCCAAAGUGAAAAUAAUUAAUAUGCAAAUUGAGAUCUUUCAUAUUUUCACUUGUAUGCAAAAAUCAUUGGUUAGAAGAUCUGGUUGAGUUGUACUAAACAAAAGCUAUUAUCUAUUAGACUGUGUUAUGACAGUUUUGGUCAAAAUAUGUUGUUGUGAUUGUGAACAAUUUUUCCAUUACAAUGGAUUGAAGAAUGCACUCCGACUUCUGAACAUGAUCCUUAUUCGGUGUUUUAUAAACAUGAACAGCAGGACAGCUUAAAUUUUGGAAUUUUAAGAGUGUGAAAGUUGUUUGUCUCAGUUCACUUCAUGAUUAUAACCUGCUGGAGGUAUGCUUGUCCUUUUUGGGUAUUCAACAAACUAGACACUGAGUGUUCUCUGCAAAGUGAGUGUGUGACUAUUUUCAGUAAUAGAAACUAUCAAGCAUUGCAAUAUUUGUUCAACUGAGGAAUUUAAAAGUCAUUCCAACAACGUUUUCACGGCACUCUGUCCUUGAAAGGGAAGGGGAUCAAUUAUAUUGCUCAGUGGAGAUAAGAAUUUCCAGCAGUUGAAAAAUUGGCAGACGUUUCAAGCUUGGGGCAAAUUGUUGCUAUAUAUUUGUAAUUUGUUAGUAUUCCCUUGAACCAGGGAGGAGUGAAAAGUUUAAAAGUAUAUGAAGA